AUGUCCAACGAGGCUAACUACAACACGACCAACAACCUUGAUCACAUGGCCAGUCCGCCAAUGGAAAAGGAUUUCAGUCACGAUUAUCAUAAUAACAACAGCAUCGGAAACGAUGUCGACAGCGAGACGGCACUGCAGAGAAUUCGUACAGCUGGCAGCAUCUCUAUCUCCCCUGAACUGUUCGAAAAGCUCUAUCUAUCUCCUCAGAACAAGGUCGCUGGUGAAUUGAGAAAGACAUUCGGUAACCCCACACCACUCGCUUUGGUCGGCUUUCUUCUCAGUUUGACGCCCCUGAGUUGUAUGUUGAUGGGCUGGCGAGGUGCUUCCAACACUGGUGCUUCCGAUAUCGGUGCUUACUUCUUCUUCGGUGGCCUGUUGAUGAUACUCGGUUCUAUUGGAGAGUGGUUAAUCGGCAACACAUUUCCCUUCGUCGUCUUCGGCUCGUUUGGUGCCUUCUGGUUGACAUUUGCUGCUACUCUUCAACCAUUCUACAACGCAUACGGUGCUUUCUCAACCGACGCUAAUGCUCCCGGAGAAGGACUGGCGACUGUUGAAUUCAACGCCAGUUUCGGCUUCUUCCUUGUCUUCAUGGGCAUGCUGUGUCUGUUGUACUUCAUCUGUUCCCUACGAACCAACGUCGUCUUCGCCAUGAUCUUCUUCACUCUCGUUCUCGCCUUCGGUUGCCUGACUGGCGCUUACUGGAACCUCGCCAUCGCCUACGGUAAUCCUGCCACCUCAGCUGCUAGAGCCGCUCAUGCUGCAACUGCUACGAGAUGCCUGACCGCUGCUGGAGCCCUCACCUUUGUCACAGACAUGUGUGGUUGGUGGAUCUUCUUCGCCAUUAUGCUCGCAUCUCUGGACUUCCCCUUCCAGCUUCCUGUCGGCGACCUCAGCACCUUGAUCAAGGGCGCUACUGACAGAAAGAAGGCCAAGGAGGAGAAGGAGAGAUACUCUGCAUAG